AUGGAAGAAGCCAAGGCUCGAAUUUGUAGGGCCAAAGGCUUAAUGUACAUUGAUGUAAAAAUCAAUGGGAAGCCAAUCAGGGCUAUGGUGGAUACUGGUGCUACCCACAUCUACCUUGCAUGUAUCGAAGUAGAGCGGCUCGGACUUGUUCUGGAAAAGGGUAGUGGAAAAGUCAAAGCAAUCAACUCCACUGCUCAACCAAUAGCUGGAGUAGUGAAAUCGGUGUUGAUCAAAGCAGGUCCUUUCGAGGGAAGGACAAAUUUAUCUGCAGUUCAGAUGGAUGAUUUCAAGCUAAUUCUGGGAUUGGAAUUUCUUUGGGAUACUAAGACAGCAGUGUUGCCAUAUUCCGAUUCGUUAAUGAUGAUGGGUAAUAAGCCGUGUGUCAUCCCUACACAGGUUGGGAGGAUGGAGGAGAUCGAAGAGGCGAAUGGUCCUAUUCCAAAACCCGUUAAAAGACUUAUUCAGGAAUUUGAAGACAUCAUGCCGGAUGAAUUACCAAAGAAAUUACCACCAAGAAAGACGAUUGAUCAUGAGAUUGAACUUAUUCCAGGAGCCAAACCUCCCGCCAGGGAAAAGGCCAACGGUUCUCUUAGAAUGUGCUGUGACUAUCGAGCCUUGAACAAGAUCACCGUAAAGAAUAGUUAUCCUAUCCCACUGGUUGCGGAUUGCUUCGAUCGAUUGGGUCAGGCGAAGUAUUACACAAAAAUUGAUCUUAGGUCCAGAUACUGGCAAGUUCAGAUCAAGGAGGGAGACGAAGCAAAGACUACGGUGGUAACCAGAUAUGGAGCGUUUGAAUUUAAAGUGAUGCCUUUUGGUUUGACAAACGCUCCAACAACAUUUUAUACUAUGAUGAAUCAGGUCCUUCACGGGUUCUUAGAUGAUUUUGUCGUGGUAUACGUGGACGGCAUAGUAAUCUACAGCGAGACAUUGGAGGAACAUGUCCAGCAUAAAGGCUACUCAGAAAUUGCACUGUCACUUAUUGAAUUGACAAAGAAGGAUAAGGAUUGGGAUUGGUCAUCCCAAUACCAAACUGCUUUUGAUAGAGUCCUCAUGCAAGAAGGACAUCCGGUAGCAUAUGAGAGCCGGAAGUUAAACCAAACAGAACGUCGUUACUCGGCACAUGAAAAAGAAUUGUUGACAGUAGUCCAUUGUCUCAGAGGAUGGCGUCACUAUUUGCUUGGGUCUUCAUUUAUUGUGAAGAUAGAUAACACUGUAGUUAGUUACUUCAUUCGACGAGCCGAUUUGGCUGCCAUUUGCUCCAUAGCUGUUCUUUCAGGGAGCACCGUCUCCACGAACACUAGAGACCAAAUUCGGGCACUUAUGGAGAAGGACCCGGCUACUCAAUAUUUGGUCGACCUCAUCAAUGAAGACAAAGGGAGACCGCCUAUAUGUCCUAAGGGCGGAGAUUUGAGGAAAUCACUAAUUACAGAAUGCCAUGACACGAUUUGGGUAGGGCAUCCCGGAGAGGAAUGCACUUGUGCACUACUGCAACGUGCAUACUACUGGCCUCAAAUGCGGGACGACAUUGCAACCUAUGUAAAAACCUGUCUUAUUUGUCAGCAAGAUAAGGCAGAUCAUCAGAAAAGGGCAGGUUUGCUGGAGCCCCUUUCCGUCCUAACCCGGCCAUUUGAAAGUGUAUCGAUGGACUACAUUAUUGGAUUGCCAAAAGUUGAGGAUUUUGGUACUAUCAUCAUUGUGGUGGAUCAUUUAUCAAAAUAUGCAACUUUCAUUGCAGCGCCUAAGUAUGUAUCCGUGGAAGAGACAGCUCAACUCUUCUUCAAACAUAUUGUCAAAUACUGGGGACUGCCUAAGGACAUUAUUUGCUUCAAUGUCCAAAAGAGCUCUUCCACCAAUAAGAGUCAUUUUGAGAUUGUUACUGGCCAGCAACCACUACUCCCUCAUACAGUGGAUAUCGAACGAAGUACCAAGUCCCCUCAAGCAAAGAACUUUUCUCAAGAAUGGAAACGAAAGAUUGAAAUUGCUCGGAGUUAUCUUGAGAAAGCUCAAGAACGGUAUAAAAAGGCUGCAGAUCUAAAGCGCCAUUUCAUUGAAUUCAAUUUUUACAGUUUUCACCUUUUUCCUGUGUCAUUCAAGAGGCAAAAUCUCAGUGGGAUUAUCAUGGUUUACCCACCUAAUUGA